CCAGAAAGUUGCCGAAAUGGCUUCCAAGGCACAGAGUGAGAAUUGGACAGAGGAGACAAUUUGCUCCAUCUGCCUUGAAUUCUUCACCAAUCCAGUUUCACUGGAAUGCGGGCACAAUUUCUGUCGCCACUGCAUCACUCGGUGCUGCGAAACGAAUAGUGUGAAUUACUGCCCGGAGUGCAGGCGCGAAUUUCCCGGUAUCCCUUCCACCAUCAACUGGGCCCUGGCGAGUCUGGCCGAGAAAGCACAAAAGUUAAAGCAGAGCCAGAAGGAGAAGAAAAGUAAACUCCUCUGCGAGGAACACGAGGAAGAGCUGAAGCUUUUUUGUGACACAGACAAGAAACUGAUCUGCCUGAUUUGUCGAGAUGCGCGGGAACACAAGUCUCACAAUUGUAUACCGAUUAAGGAAGCUGUCGAAAUCUACAGGGAUCAGAUGAAAUCCUCCUUCAUCUCUCUCUCCAAGAAGAUAUCAGAAUUCCAGGAAAUGGAACUGCAGCAGAAACAGACGAUUAGUAAGAUUAAGAAAUAGUCGCGCUACCUACAGACUCGCGUGGCUUCAGAAUUCGCUGAGGUGCACAAGGUUCUUACUGAGAAAGAACACAGCUUAAUCAAAGGCCUCAAGGAAGAAGAGGUGAAAUUCGUGAGCAUAAUGGAAAGAAAUCUUAAAUACAUUCAAGAUAAGUUGAUAUCCAUUCAAGGGAAGCUGGCAAAUCUGGGAAAACAGAUGAAACAGAAAGAUGGAGCUAUCUUCCUGAAGG